UAUAGAAAUACCAGGCUUUCAUCCCUUACUAGUAGAAUAUAUACAACUAUGGAAGGAAUGCUCUCGGCGUCUUAGGGAAGAAAGAACACACUUGCUUGGCAAAAGAACAUCUCCGAGAUGGAGCUGUGGCAGUCACCGCAUGCAUACUAAUAAGUUACAUUUUCUUUAAAAAAAUGGAGAGCUUGUUAUAGGCAAGGUCUAAAAGAUCAUUUUAAACCAUGAUUGUUCACAAAAUCAGAAAUCCAAACCAUUUCUUUAACUAUCAUUUGGUACAACAUAUUGUAACUAGUUUUUUCGUAUCAUGCUACUGACUUGGACCAUGAAUAAAUUGGAUGUAGUUUUAUGGAGACAGCGCAACUAUUUUUUCUUGACAUAUAAAUAAGGUUAAAUAUAUAAUAAAAAGAACGAUAACUUUAAAUGUAGUCCGGUAGUCCCACAAGUAAGAAUCCAAUUUGCCUAUACUUAAUAAUAAAUAAGGGAGUGAAUAGUUGAUAACAUGCCACUACCUAGAAGGGCGCACGUUGGGUUAAGCACAUUUAGCUCAGCUAGUGCAAUCCAAUGUUUAAUUCUAGCAAGAGCAUGUUUGGUAUCGUAGCUGAAAACAGCCAAAGAGAUCAAAAUUCAUAAGUCCAAAGUUGACCAAGAACAACAAUAAUUAACAGCCGGCUAGUAAAUAGAAACCCCAUAGUAUAUAAUAAGGUGCUACUUAUAGAUGGCCAAAUAGGUGGCGUGGUACGGUCCGUUAAGGCACGAACGGGUUGUGCCGUGCCUACCCACGGGCUGAGGUGCCGGUCUUGGCACGACACUUGUGCACCCAAGCUGUGCCAUGACAGCCCAUCGGCCCAUUUAGCCCACAAAGGUCCGUCAGCUGUGCUGCUGUCGAAGGUGGAGCCGCUGUGAAGGGAAGGGAGGAGGCCGCUCCGGCUGCCACGGGGAAAGGAGCCGACGUGGCUAAUGCGCCGCCGCGUGGGAAAGGGAGGCUGCCAGGGCGCCGACUAUGGCAACGCACGGGGAAGGGAGGUGACCGACACCGGCCUGGCCGCGCCGUGCAGGGAGGGGUGGAGGGCGGGGGCUGCUGCAUCGCCGUGCGGGAAGGAGAUGAGGCCAUUCACCUUUUGCACGCUUGCGCCACCGUGCGCAAAGGGAGGAGGGUCAGCCGCCAGUUGCGCCACCGUGGGGGUAGGGAGUUGGGAGGGCUGGCACCAGCUGCGCCACCGCCUGGGAAGGGAGAAGGAAGGGGCAGAACCGGUCGUGCCACCCCAGGGAAGGGAUGAGAGAGGGUUGGUGUUGUCCCCACUACCGCUAGGAAAGGGAGGUGGGCCGGCUGCCGGCCUAACCACCGUGACCGACUGGAGGUGGAUGGGAGUGGGUGGGGUUGGAGUUAGGGUUUGCUGAGAAAAUGAGUAUAUAUGGGAGCUGGAUGUGUGAAUUUUGUGUGGUGGGUUGGUAGUUUGGGCCGCUAUGGGGCCAACCGCUAAUCGUGUCGUGCCUGGGCCGGCCCACAUGCUGAGGUGGCAGCCCAAGCAUGGCACGAGGCACGGGCCCAACAGACAUCGUGUUGUGCUGUCUGGGCUGGGCCACAAUACCAUGCCACAGGCCGGCCCACAGCCUCGUGCCUGAUGGCUAUAUAUAGGUGUACAACAUAUGCAUUUGGAUAAUAUAUAUUUUGUACCUUGAUAUUAUAACAAACCAGCUUUAUUGGAAGUAGAUUCCUAUCCUUAUUUAGUUACAUUUGUAUUGUAUAUGUAUCUACUUGAUAUAUCAGUAUAAAUCUGGUUUAAGUGGACAUAUAUUUGAAAGGUUAUUUGCGCACAUAACAUGGUUUCAACUUUAUUUUCCAGCCAAAAAGCAUGGAAGUAGUUGUGAUGCUCGGCCAUGGUCUUCUACUUGUUGUGGCAUACUGUACCGCUGCAACAGCUGUUCCUAGCUCUGAAUGCCAAAGGCAGUGUGGCAAUGUUGAAAUACUGUACCCGUUUGGCAUCGGCACGAACUGCUCCAUGCCAGGAGGCUUCGGAGUCACCUGCCAACUGGACCAAAAUGGCUUCUCCAAACCAUUCAUCGUUGGCCGUGAGCUUCUCGACAUUUCCUUGACCAAUAGCACGAUCCGGGUGCUCAACCCCAUCACGACCUACUGCUACAACGACUCCACCUCCGAGCAGCUCAUGUUAAAUGGCACUACCACAGUGACGUCCGACAUUGAUAGGAAUUCCCCUUUCCAUUUCUCGGAUGUUCGCAACAAGUUCACCGUCAUCGGGUGCAACACCCUUGGCUUCAUCGCCAACAACAAUAGUGGCUCGGAGUACCUAACCGGGUGCUUCUCGUACUGCAGUAGAAAUAUGUCUAACCAGACGGAUAACUCAUGCUCAGGGUUGGGCUGCUGCCAGACAGGCAUACCCAAGGGGAUGGACUUCAGCCUUGUUAACCUAUGCGUCAUCAAGGAUGACGCCUCCAACACAAGCCAAACCAGGGAGGGGGUUGGGCAACGGUGCAGCUACGCCGUGCUCAUGGAGGCAGCGGCAUUUAGCUUCCGCACCAAGUACAUCACCACGACAGAAUUCAGGGACAUGGCUGCGGGGCGGGCACCUGCAGUUCUUGACUGGUUUAUUGCAAACGAGACAUGUGAGGUGGCCGAACGGAACCUGUCAGGGAGUUACGCAUGCUGCAGCGCCAACAGCAAGUGCUCUGAUGCUACCAGUGUGUCUGUAGGGUACGUGUGCAACUGCUCAAGAGGUUAUGAGGGCAAUCCAUAUCUUCCAGAUGGAUGCAAAGAUGUGGAUGAAUGCAAUAUUGGGCGGCCAUGUCCUUCGGACGGCGUUUGCCACAACACAGUGGGAGGAUACCGAUGUUCUUGUCCAACAGGAAGGAAAUAUUCUCAGUCAAACAAUACAUGUGUCCCUAAUACCGGCUUGAUAAUAGGAGUUACAAUGGGCUUUCUUGGUCUCAUGAUUUUCUCUUUAUGCGGGUACAUGAUUUAUCAAAAAAGGAAGCUGAAAAAAGUCAAACAGGAGUACUUUCGUCAGCACGGGGGCUUGAUUUUGUUCGAGACAAUGAAGUCAGAAAAAGGUCUCGCUUUCACGGUAUUUAGUGAAGAUGAACUCAGACAGGCCACAAACAACUACCAUAAGAGCAGAAUAAUUGGAAAAGGAGGCCAUGGAACGGUCUACAAGGGUGUAGUUAAGGGUAAGCCCGUUGCAAUUAAGAGAUGUACACUCAUUGAUGAAAGGCAAAAGAAAGAGUUUGGGCAAGAAAUGCUAAUACUUUCUCAAAUCAAUCACAAAAACAUUGUCAAGCUCGUGGGCUGUUGCCUUGAGGUGGAAGUUCCCGUGCUAGUUUAUGAGUACAUCCCAAAUGGCACAAUGUACGAGCUUAUCCAUGGUAGGAAUCAAGAAUUGCAAAUAUCUUUCAGCACUCUCCUAAGGGUUGCACAAGAAGCAGCUGAAGGACUCAGCUUCCUACAUUCUUACGCAUCUCCCCCAAUUCUCCAUGGUGACGUGAAAACUGCCAACAUCCUUCUUGAUGAAAACUACAUGGUUAAAGUCUCAGACUUUGGGGCCUCCAUACUAGCCCCAUCUGACAAGGAGCAGUACGUAACAAUGGUUCAAGGCACCGCGGGUUAUCUUGACCCAGAGUACAUGCAGACAUGCCAAUUGACUGAGAAAAGUGAUGUGUACAGCUUUGGGGUUAUUCUUCUUGAGGUCCUCAUCGGCGAGGUUCCACUAAAACUGUACGGGCCUGAGACAAAACGAAGCUUGACAUCAAAUUUCUUGUCUGCCAUGAAAGAGAACAGCCUUUCUACGGUGGUGCCAAGCCAUAUAUCAGAGCAAGAAAGCACUGAACUGAUUAGAGGACUUGCAGAGCUAGCAACGAAUUGUCUGGAUAUGUGCAGCAGCAAUAGGCCCUCCAUGAAAGAGAUCGCUGACGAGCUCAGCAGAUUGAGGAAACUUUCAAUCCAUCCUUGGGUACAACUCACUAUGGAAGAGACGGAGUCACAACGACUUCUUCGUGGACCAGCACAUACUAGUUUUGAAACAGAAAGUAGUGUUAUAGAGUAUUCUGGGCCGGAUGGUGCGAAUCAGCUGAUAAACCCAGCAAGUUCGUUUUAUGCAAGGUGACCAGAGAAUGAAUGUAAUACUCUAUUAAGAUUUGUAUUAUUUGUUUAAAUAGAUACCGUCCCAACUCUCAAGAAUAAGUGCCCUCUCCUGUAAUAUGAAGAGCA